AUGGCUAAGACAUCCAUUGUCGUCCGCGUCCAGUUGCAUGACGUGGAUGCCGGGACGUCCAAACAGGCCAGCGUUGCUCCCCUCGAUGUGGAUGAUCUUGAUGCGUUCAAGAAACAGACACUUGGGGAGGUCAGAAAGCUUCUUAUUAAGGAAAGCGUCUUGAACUCAAGACAACAACAGUCCGCGUUUUGCACCAACAAGGGCGCCGAGGUUCGGGACAAGACCGUAUUGUCAGUGUAUCUCGGGCUUCAGGCCACCGAAAAUGACUCCAACCCUCCAACGAAAACCCCCAACAAAGAGGAGACCAUGGACAAGGAUGGCGUUGAGACCACGGCUAAGGAAAUGCCCUCAGCAAACACAGCGAAUGAAUUUGAUAUUUACUUAGUCACCAAGCCGAAGACCAAACGUGAAGCUCCUGAGAAAGGCUUCCUCACGGAACGCUUGAAUGUCUCCGUUGAUAAUGGUAAAAUCACGAUCCCGGAAGCCAAAUGGAAGGAGUUAGAAAGCACAUUCAGCAAGGGUGACUGGCAAGCCUCUGCGGAUAGCUAUACCUAUCCUUCCGAAAUGACGGAGCAGGACUGGAAUCGUGUCAUUCGCAACAACAGUCUAAUGAGCGGAAACGUCUUUUCCAUUGUUGAAAAGAAGGACAAGAACAAGAAUACAGAAGGGUAUAUCGCCAAUGUUGACAAGGCCCCGUAUCCAGCGUUCAAACUUCUGCCAAGGACCUUUGAACGGUAUGAGUUGGAUACAAAGCCUGACAUUGAUGCAAAUCCCAAAUACUACAUGCCUCGAUAUCUCAUCGCAGAUGAUUCCUAUGUGGAUGUCUUUGAAACUGCCAAUGCUAUUUCUAGCUCCUUGGCGUCAAGCUCCUUCUCUCAGACGGAUAUAGAAGGAAGCAUUGGUGGUGGUGCUGCAGGCUUCAGUGCUGAAGUCAAGGCUGGAUUCAGCAAGGGUACUCAAGAUGCCAUUAGUAGCGCUACUUCCCACGAGAGUCGGGUGAUGAAUAUCAGCUACAACUUCCCCCGGGUGUGGGUUUAUCUCGACAAGUGGAGUGUUGAACUAACCGACAAAUGCGCGGAAGACCUGAAGGCGAUCGACAGCCAGUUCUUUGCCCGACGAGUCGAGCUGGGUGGCAGGCUUUUCUCAUCCGAAUCUUCGAGCAAUAUUAGCGGCAGUAGCGCAUCUGAGAAAGCCAACCGGAUGAAGGUGGCGGCUAGUGCAUCAUUCUCUUCACCCUAUGUGCAAGCAUCUGCCAGCGCCUCGCACCAAACUGAGACGACCGACAAGGAAGCUCAGGCACAGAGUAGAUUGAACAAGAGUAUCUCCUGGCGUGCCCAAGGCGGGAAUACACUUUUGGCUAAUAACCCCCCUGCUUGGUGUUCUACUGUGGGACCCUAUCAGAACUGGCGGAUAGUCCAGCAAGCCGAUGCCUGUUCCAUGCUGGACUUUAUUCGCACCCUGUCACCAGAAUGGAGAGCGACCGUGGAUGAAAAAGAGAAAUUUAGGGAGUCGAGAGAUCCAAAUACCUGGAUCGAGCAGAAUACGGAGGACAGUGAUAUUGACUCUAGCCAUCGGGAUCCUGAGCAGCCAGCGGUCUGGUACCACAUCGUAGUUGAAACUGCACCAUCUUUUUGA